AUGGCAGCCGAUGUUGCGACACCAUUGACUGCUAUUCCAAUAACGGAUCCAGCCACAUUUGUCGAUGAGGUUGAGCUGCCCGAUUUCGAUCCUGCAAUUCACCUCGCAUUCCAACCACCGGCUCAACGCCAUACUUUCGGAGAAGUAGGACUGCCGAAACCGCAUAAUGCCCCAGAUCUGUGCUACACGGAUCCCUUUCCUCUGUUUUCCGAAGAAGGAGUGCGUAUACUGCGACGAGAGAUGCUCAGCAAGCAAAUGCUGGACAAAUAUCUGAGGUCAUGGGAUCGUGCUCCGGCGUAUAUUGCUGGUCAUGAGAAGACGGCGAAAUUCAUGCUGCAGGCGUGGCAACAUCCCGCCACACAGGCUGCAAUCGACAGAGCUGCAGGGUUUCCACUGCGCCGACUCUAUAAGACGGGUGACAUCGGUAUGGUCAACAUCCAACUUGGUCCAGACGGGUUGGCUGGGGUCUAUAAGCUCACAGAAACGCCUCUGCCACCGCAGUCGCCGCUUGAGCUGGAGAAGUCAGCAUACGACAACGUCCCAAUUGACUCUUGGCACAAAGACCAAGUCCCCGUUGUCUGUGUGGUCAUGCUCAGUGAUACAAGUGCCAUGCAAGGCGGUGAGACGGCUAUCAAAACGGGAGAUGGCUCCAUCAUCAAGGUCAAAAGUCCAACCAUAGGAGGAGCUGUCAUCAUGCAAGGCGGAUGCACCGAACAUGCCGCCCUGCGGGCGACCAACGUGCCGGAGCGAAUAAGCAUGGUAACCAGCUAUACCUACGCGGAUCCCAAUCUCGAUGACCGGUACUCUUCGCUUCGGAGUGUCGAUCCCGCAAACGAUGACAUCCCCCUGAUGUGCAAUGAGUUUCUAAAGGAAAAGCUUACGCGUCUUCGAGGUCGUAUAGAUUUGGUUCUGGCAGAUUUGGCCCAGAAGGAGAACUCUGGGGAAAUGGUCCCGCGGGAAGAGGUUGAGCGAUGGGUAAAAGAGCAGACAGACUUUCUGCGGCGCAGUGCAUGGGAAAUGUUUGAGAGGAUUCCAAACUUCUUGCACAAGGAUGCGCCGGAAGAGGUUAUCCAGGAAUACCUCAAGUAG